AUGUUCUCCUGGAAAUCCCCUGGUCCAGAUGGUUACCCAGCAAGUUUCUGCCAAAAUACUUGGAAUUACAUUAGGGCUAAUCUUUGCCAGCUUAUUCACCAACUAUGGUCUAAAGACAUUUCUAUGAGUACCGUGAAUCUGACAGACAACUAUUUAAUUCCUAAAAACGACAACCCUAAACAAGUCUCAUACUAUCGUCCUAUUUCUUUAUACAAUAAUAUAUAUAAAGUGUUCACUAAAGUUAUUGUAAAUAGGCUAAAGUAUCACAUGGAUUCUAUUAUCUCCCCAAAUGAAUAUGGAUUCAUUCCCAAUCAAAGUUCGCGUGAUAAUGUUGUCCUUGCUCAAGAAAUGUUUCACGGUAUAAACAGAUCAAAACAAAAAAUUAGGUCUUUCGCUAUUAAGAUCGAUCUAGCUAAGGCUUUUGACAACAUGAGGUGGAAAAAGGAUGUUAUGAGGCUAGCAUCUUACGAUGAUGUUGGUGCCCAUUCCUCUUACUUGUAUCAAGAAAAUUCAAAAGUGUCAAAGAGACUUCAUUUGGAGUGA